UUGUUUCGAACUACAUAGAACCUCCUGUUUGCACCUCAAAGCUCGAUGAGGCCCAUACACAGCUUCCGCCGGCCCUUACAUGCAGCAGCAGUGAUGAUUUCACCUCAUCUGUAUGCGAAGUCAUAUAUGCAAUUCAGGUCCGCGGAUAGUGCAGGGAUCCAGGAAGAAAGCACUAGCAGCCCAUUCGAAGCAAGUGAGGGUGGUCCCUGCCGAUAAUCAGACACAUUCAUGCCUAGGUGGAAAAGCGAAUGUGGAGGGCCAUCAGAUCGAUCCGCAGAUACUCGAGCAAGCAAUUGGUCAGUUCACCUUAACGGCAAUUCAGCCACUGCCUAUUCGGCUUCUUGCGCCAGAGUACGUGGUCUCGAAGGAUAUUUGCUCAAUUGCGGUGCGAGUCCGAUUCAAUUCCAUCGGUCGCGUACCUCCACCACGUCUGAAGACUCUUUGUACUAAGCUUGAGGUAAGCUGUCCUCCCGUAGCUGGCACUGAUCGUUUUGUCAAGUCCAUAUCAUUGUCCUCUGUCUGUAUGAGGUCGGUGCAAUGGCAAUGGGCCAGGCGAGGUCAGAAAGAUAACCUCGCCAAUGAUGAUUCCCGGCAACUUGAAUGUGCCGAUGAUUGUUACGAGGCCUCGCUUGUCGUUCCGAUCAUCCCCCCCCACCUCAAGGACAAACUUCUUGUCCCUUCGUUUGCCUCUUGUCUUGUCAGCCGGGCUUAUACCCUCAAUCUAUCGGCCUCCUAUCCCUCUUGGGGUACAUCGCCAAUCCAUUCGUCCGUUCAGCUUGACAUCCCAUUAAAGAUAAUUCCAAUUGGGGAUUAGAUUGGAAUACCACACAAGUGGUGCGAUGACGAGCGGAGUAACAAUGAGGGAGCGCCGUAGCCAUUCUGGGCUCAGAAAGACAAAAGUCUGUUUGGCUCCCUGUGGUACCAGUGUUCGCAUUAGGUGCACCAUUUCGUACAUACUUGUCGGUAGUCUUGCUGUGCUCUAUCAUCACGCAUUAUCUAAUUUUGGUCCCUGAUCUUCGUCGUGAAGGGGAAAAUCAUCCAGAUGAUGCAGCAUCCCGUUUCUCUCAGAAUCUGCGACGUGAUCGAUAUGCUGGCGUCUGAAGGCAGCAAUCCACUUCGGAUUGUCGAAGAUGGUCUGAUUCCA